AUGUCCGUCAGGUUCGCUUCAGUGGUUGGGGCCAUGCUUGUACUGCUCAUCCUCCUCAACGACGCCUCUGCCAUACCGACAUCAAAAAACGCAGUGGAGGACAUCUCAGGGAACGGCGAACACGAGGUCCUUCGACCAGCGGUUUGGCAACCCGUUGUAAGAUUCGCCGUGCAGCAAUAUGUCAAGCACAAAGUUAAGGAGCUUGUCAAAAAAACGCCAGCCUAUAAAAACGCGAAAAAGUGGCUAUUGAACCAAGUCAGAAAGUGGUGA